ACAUAACCUCCCCUCCAACAAAUUCUUGCAAUUCCUCCUUCUGCAGUCUGUAGAGGCAACAAUUUUGUAAAAACAAAUCGAAAAGCGUUUUUCCGUCACUUUUUCCGAUAGUGAUACGAAGUUUUAUCAUCAGACAAAUAUUACUUCCAACCAAUUCAGUUUCUGUGCGCUAAGUAAUCUAAAUUUCUCACAGAGUUCUCAGCAGCUUUUCAAACAUGGUCAUAGACGUAAAACAGUCGCUUUCUUCCUUGUAUCGGUAUUUUAAUGUUCCUAAAGAGUUUUCUUCCCAACUGUCAUCAAUGAAGUUGCCACACCUUAAUUCUGAAAAUUUACCAGGCUGGACAGCUCUUGCUUUGAGUCGUAAAUAUGCGAAGAAGCUUGCAGGUCAUAAUGUAGAAGAUGCAGCUUUUGUCAGGCAGUGGGUUGAGUACGCUGUCACGCAGGGAGUGCAUGCUGAUGAUUCAACUAGUUCCAGUCAAGUCUUGAAGGAAGUAAAUAAAGCUUUAGCAGACCAAUCAUAUAUCGCAGCAAAUUAUUUGACAGUAGCAGACCUAUUUUUAUUCUACGUUUUACAUCCAAUUGUGGCAUCCAUGACUUUUUACGAGAAGGAAAAAUAUAUUAAUUUAUCUCGAUGGUUCGAUCAUCUACAGCUGGAGCCGAACAUUCGACAAACAAGGCCUUUAGUCACAUUUAGCCGAACUCUUUUAUACUCUUAAGAUCAGGCUCUCUACGAAACUCCACGAGGUAAUAUCAUGAAUUCCAUGCAGCUCGCUGUCAAAUCAAUUUUCUUCUGGAAUCCUUCUCAAACAUAAUAGGAGUCACUAUCGUGAGCUUUUCUUCCUUUGUGUAAAGUAAUUUUAAUGGUGGUUCCCUUCAAAUUAUUUUUAAGGAUUUGAUUAUUUUCAUUUUAUUUAUUUAUGUACAUAUUCAUAUUUCAGUGA